AACAAAACCCUCCCAACCCACCCACCUACCCACUAGCAAAAAUGCAGUUCUCCGUCGCCGCCGUCGCCAUGGCCCUCUUCUCGCUCGCCGCCGCCGCCCCGGCCGCCGCGUCGGCCGACGCCGCCCGCAUCGAGCCCCGCGCCAACUGCUUCGGCGACGCCGUCGCCAAGGGUGCCAAGUGCGCCUUCAACUGUGCCAAACAGCCCAGCUCUGGCGAUUGCAUCCUGAGCUGCAACGUCACCACCCUGGGCGAGCUGGCCACCUGCGUUGCUGGAAAGGCGUAAAUGCGGGGUGGCUGGCGGCGUUGUACAUUGUUCCUCUCCUUUUUCACGACUGCAUGACAGCACAUAAGGUUCCCUCACGACGAGGUAGUGGACUUUGGGGGACGAGGAGGAAGCGGCAAUAGCGCGUUAGGUAUUGGGAUAGGGGACCUGUUUGUAGGCUCGGUCUUGACUGGGUGUAGGCUUGGUUGGGAAUCCUUGGUUCUGGCGUUCACACAUUAGGACAAGCCCCCUCUACAUGAGCUUUGGAC